CUGUACGUAGCAAUACAGGGCAGAAAACUCAGCCAGAGGUGAUGUCGCAGAACGCAAGAAAGCUAAUUCAGAAAAAUCUUGCCACGUCAGCAGAUACUCCUCCAAGCACAGUCCCAGGAACUGGCAAAAGUGUUGCCUGUAGUCCCAAAAAAACAGCCAGGGACCCUAAAACGGGAAAAGCUGUGCAGGAAAGGAAUUCAUACGCAGUUAGCGUGUGGAAGCGGGUCAAAGCCAAGUUAGAGGGCCGAGACGUGGAUCCCAACAGGAGAAUGUCUGUUGCUGAACAGGUUGACUUUGUGAUUAAGGAAGCAACUAAUCUAGAUAACUUGGCUCAGCUGUAUGAAGGUUGGACUGCCUGGGUAUGAGUAGGGAGAAAGCAGAUCGGUCUGGUUCAGCGAGGUCAGACAUCCACCAGAAUCAACUCGGCCUCAGGCAUCCGUAGCCGCACCACAGUCGGUGGUGAUGCAUACUGGGGCUUAAUCUGAGGAAACCUAGGAAUCUCGGUGCACUGGGAAGUGAAUCCUGCAGGAUAGCUGCACUCAGGGAUACACUAAACACAAUGGUCUGCAACCCCCACAGUCAAGGGUGAAAGCUCACCGCUUGAACAGCACGGUUUGUGUUUCUGCUACGGAAGAACUGCAAACGUGUCUGGGGGUUAGCCGCAGAAAGAAAUCGGGAUGCUACAAACCGCAGAGUGAUUUGGAACUCAGUUCCACCUGACCCUGUGAACAAUUCAGGAAACACCGAACCCUGUUCAAAGAAUAACAGAAAAAGUGGGGCCAUGAAGAAAUCACAGCAAGGGAAGAUUUGAUGCAUUCAGAUUCUUGUUACUCUCGUUGCGUGGCAACAGUGCUGGUUGAGUCGACCAGUUAGUACGGAAAAAGGCUACAAAAUGUAAACUUCAGAAAUGGACUGAAAGCAAAGAGCUGUACAUCAGAUAUAUGCUGCAUUGGAAGAACUUCUGAGAUAGAAGAAAAAGCCUUUGUUCUCUUCUCCCUUUCCUCUUUCCUUUUUCUCCUCCCUCCCAGCCUCUCCUUGCAUACAUCCCUCUUGGCUUCUUCUUGUAGGUUAGGCGUACUUCCAAUAUACUUUUUAUUUCAAUCCUUCUACUUCACAGUUUAGUCAAAUUAACAACUUAAAUUUUGUUUGGUAAACAAAUUUUCCAAAAAGCACUGAAAAUAUAGAACAUCAAUGAUUACUUAUGAGUUGGAUGGUCAAAUGCAAAAUGUAAUUUUGGUUAUUUUAAAGUCAUUUCUGUGAUUCUAUUAUGUACAGUUUCUCAAAAUUGUCACUGUGCAUUUAAAAGUAAUGAAUCCUACAGGCAUUUGAUUUAAUGUGCACUUCCCUCUGCUUGCAGUGUACACUUUUUUGUAAUUCAAAUUGUCCCUCCAAUCUCAUUCUACUGUGAUUGCUGUAGUUUCUUUCGUACGAUGUAGCUAAUCCAAUGUAAUCUUUACCUUUUUAAAAACCAGGAUAGAGUACCUAGUAGAGUUUUACAUUGUUGAUGACGGAUAAACAAUAAAGUGAUGUUCUGGUGGA